CGACUGAAAAUCAGGCGAAGCACUGAAGCAUUUCUCUGCUAACUAUUCAUAUGAGUGGAGCACUGGUUAUAGAGAGAGUGAGUGCAUAGACUGCACAGACAGUGAAUACAGUGAACGGCUAUAGGGAAGAGUGAGAGGGAGAAGAGACAGAGAAUACAGUGUCAGUGAAUCAGUGAAUAAGUGCAGUGUAUAUACAUAUAUAUACUCCAAACGAAAGUGUGUAUAAAGUGUUCAACAUUUAGUGGAAAAUCUGUUCAAUUUGUGUGCAUAUUUUGCCACUAAAUUGAGAAUCGGCUGAAAUGGGUAAGGAUAAGGAUGAGAAGCAGGCCAAGAAGGACAACCUGGAGGACCUCAAACAGGAGGUCUCCAUGGAUGAGCAUAAGAUCACAUUAGAGGAACUCUAUACCCGGCUUCAGGUCGACAACUGGGAGAACGGGUUGACCGCAGUUCAGGCCAAACAAGUGCUCGAAAGGGACGGACCCAACGCCCUCACGCCUCCCAAACAGACCCCCGAAUGGAUUAAAUUCUGUAAACAACUGUUCGGAGGCUUCGCGCUCUUGCUAUGGAUCGGCGCUAUCCUCUGUUUCCUCGCCUAUGGUAUACAGGCGUCCAGUUUUGAAGAGCCGGCGCCCGACAACUUAUACUUAGGAGUGGUGUUGGCGGCGGUGGUCAUCAUCACCGGGUGCUUCUCCUACUAUCAAGAGGCCAAGUCGUCAGCCAUUAUGGAAUCGUUCAAGAAUUUGGUUCCACAAUACGCUACAGUCGUCAGGGAUGGACAGAAGCAUACCAUCACUGCUGAGGACGUAGUGGUCGGCGAUAUCGUCGAAGUGAAAGGCGGCGACAGAAUACCCGCCGAUAUUCGUGUUAUUAAAGCCCACGGAUGCAAAGUAGACAACUCCUCACUGACGGGCGAGUCCGAGCCUCAAACCCGAUCGUCCGACUUGUCCAGUGAUAACCCGCUCGAGACCCGCAAUUUGGCCUUUUUCUCGACCAACUGUGUCGAGGGCGCCGCCACUGGGAUCGUCAUAAACACCGGCGACCGCACUAUAAUGGGUCGCAUCGCUAACCUGGCGUCGGGUCUGGCGAUGGGAGAGACGCCGAUCGCCCGCGAAAUUGAACACUUCAUUCACAUCAUCACUGGUGUGGCCGUCUUCCUGGGCGUCACGUUCUUCGUCAUCGCAUUCGUGUUGGGCUAUCACUGGUUGGACGCCGUUAUCUUCCUCAUCGGCAUUAUCGUGGCCAACGUUCCCGAAGGACUGUUGGCAACUGUGACCGUAUGUCUCACACUAACGGCCAAACGGAUGGCCAGUAAGAACUGUUUGGUGAAGAACUUGGAAGCCGUGGAGACGUUAGGCUCGACGUCCACCAUAUGUAGCGACAAAACGGGAACUCUGACCCAAAACCGGAUGACAGUCGCGCACAUGUGGUUCGACAACCAUAUCAUUGAGGCGGACACUACUGAGGACCAGANGGCCAUGGAGACGUUAGGCUCGACGUCCACCAUAUGUAGCGACAAAACGGGAACUCUGACCCAAAACCGGAUGACAGUCGCGCACAUGUGGUUCGACAACCAUAUCAUUGAGGCGGACACUACUGAGGACCAGACCGGUGUCCAGUACGACAAGAGCUCCUCUGGUUGGAAGUCAUUGAGUCGGGCCUGUUGUCUCUGCAGUCGCGCUGAGUUUAAGGGCGGUCAGGACAACAUCCCUAUCCUUAAACGUGAGUGUGCGGGCGAUGCGUCCGAAUCAGCGAUUUUGAAAUGUAUGGAAAUAGCGAUCGGAAAUGUGACUCAACUCAGGAAACGAAACCCAAAGGUCUGCGAAAUACCAUUCAAUUCGACGAACAAAUAUCACGUGACUAUCCACGAGACGGAGGACCCGAACGACCCGAGCUAUUUGUUGUGUAUGAAGGGCGCACCGGAACGCAUACUCGACCGCUCGGGCACUAUAUUCAUCAACGGCGAGGAGAAGAUUCUCGAUGAGGACAUGAAGGAUGCCUUUAAUGCUGCAUAUCUUGAGUUGGGAGGUCUCGGCGAACGGGUCAUCGGUAUGUGUGACUUGAGACUACCGGCCGAUAAGUAUCCGCCCGGAUAUCCCUUCGACGCGGAUGAGGCCAACUUCCCGCUCAGUAACCUCCGGUUCCUGGGCUUAGUGUCGAUGAUUGAUCCGCCGAGAGCUGCGGUGCCCGACGCUGUGGCCAAAUGCAGGAGCGCCGGCAUUAAAGUAAUUAUGGUUACCGGCGAUCACCCCAUCACUGCUAAAGCUAUUGCCAAAGCGGUCGGCAUUAUAUCAGAGGGUACUGAGACUGUAGAGGACAUCGCAUUGAGACUGAAUAUACCGAUCGAAGACGUGAACCCCCGGGACGCUAAGGCGGCUGUCAUUCACGGCCAGGAGUUGAAGGACAUGGGCGCCGACCAGUUGGACGAACUACUCCGGUAUCACACGGAGAUCGUGUUCGCCCGGACGUCGCCCCAACAGAAGCUCAUUAUAGUGGAGGGCUGUCAACGACAGGGCGCUAUCGUUGCGGUCACCGGCGACGGUGUCAACGACUCGCCCGCCCUCAAGAAGGCCGACAUCGGCGUAGCCAUGGGUAUCGCCGGCUCGGAUGUGUCGAAACAGGCGGCGGAUAUGAUUCUGUUGGACGACAACUUCGCGUCGAUAGUGACGGGUGUAGAGGAGGGACGGCUUAUCUUCGAUAACCUCAAGAAAUCGAUUGCAUACACAUUGACGUCAAACAUACCCGAAAUCUCGCCCUUCCUCUUCUUCAUAAUAUUCAACGUACCCUUGCCUUUGGGAACGGUUACCAUACUUUGCAUUGAUUUGGGCACCGAUAUGGUGCCCGCCAUCUCCUUGGCCUACGAACAGGCCGAAAGUGAUAUUAUGAAACGACAGCCCAGAGACCCAAAAGUAGACAAAUUAGUUAACGAGAGACUCAUAUCCGUGUCGUACGGACAGAUAGGUAUGAUUCAAGCGGCCGCCGGCUUCUACGCCUACUUUGUCAUUAUGGCUGAGUAUGGCUUCAAAUCGGACCUAUUGUUCGGUCUGAGAGAGGACUGGGAUUCCAAAGGUGUCAAUGAUUUAGAGGAUUCAUACGGACAGGAAUGGACAUAUAAAGCGCGAAAGCAAGUGGAGUACACGUGUCACACGGCAUUCUUCGUGUCCAUAGUUGUGGUCCAAUGGGCUGACCUCAUCAUCUGUAAGACCCGACGCAACUCCGUAAUACAACAAGGAAUGAGGAAUCAUGUCUUGAAUUUUGGUCUAUUAUUCGAGACAUGUUUAGCAGCGUUUUUA